AUGGCUCGCGCCGACUCAUCUCCCAAAGCCAUCGUCAAGGCUGCCAUCCGAAGCAGAUGCCAUGUCAUUGCAAAGCGCUAUCCACAUCAACGUUUGGAGAGACUGCAUGGCAGCAACGUGAAGUGGCUUGUGCUAUCCGAGGAGCUAUUCGACGAAGUUUGUUCCGAGUUCACAAUUCAGAAGCUGGACAUGGAUCGUGCAGAGAAACGGGCACUAUUCGAUGCAGACUGGGUGCCUCAAGUCACAUAUGAACUCAUCACCAAGCCUUCGCGGCCUCGCCGCAGACGUUCGCAGCAGGAGAUGGCAAAUGCAGCUGCGCGUACGAUCGAUAAGGCUCCGCCGUCUAUGCCAUGCGAGAUGACUUGGGAACCAACCAAUGCACGCCGAACGUCGGCCCCGGAAGUAUCGCCCACAGACAGCACAUACUCAAGCAGGUCUUUCCCGGAAUCUUUCGACCGCUCCUCGAGAUACUGGUCGUCCAUCGACAGUUCUGAAGCCGAGUCCGCAGCUGCGGGAUAUGUUGGACGCCAUGACUCUGUCACCUCGACCCUAUCUGCAGUAUCAGAAGAGUCGACGCCAAAGCCGUCCUCGUCUAUUGCGCCGCGCGAUAAUACUGCAGUUUCGCAGCCGCAAUGGUUUGAAACUGUCUUGAAUUAG